ACCUCGUAUUUUUUUGUUUUAAUUAUCAAUGCAAUCUGUAUUAUAAUUACAAAAAUUACUUAAAUUAAGCGAAUGAUUGUUGUUUUUAUCAUUUUAAUGAAAAUCGAAGAGUUGCCAACACAGGAAUUGUGUUGUUUGUGAUUUGCCGAAUAUACAGAGUGGCUCAGUUAAAACUUUGAAAAACUGUUUCUAAGCAAGUUGUGUUGAAAACUAUUUACAAAAUUGUGACAAAUGUUUUAAAUUUUAAAAUUCGAGCCAAAUCGCCCCGUUAUCUGUUAAAUUUCGCCACAGUUUGGCUUUAUAACAUGUGAUUCCCUAAUCAUUGUCUUAAUUUGCCCAUAACUUGCUUAAAAAUCCGUAAUUUUUGUGCUUUGUGAACUUUGACCUUGUCUGGUGUUUUUAAGACCUUCGGUGUAGAACAUACAUAAAAAAUGUUGCAGAAAAGUUUGUUCCUAACCUCAAAUUUGUGCAAGAACUUGUUCGUGUUGAGCCCCCCGUUGUUGCGAAGAAUGUCAAGUGUGGCCGAUGAUGUAAUCUUCGAUAAUGUUGGAGAUAAAGGAGUGAUAACUUUGAAUCGACCCAAAGCCUUAAAUGCGUUAAAUUUAUCAAUGGUAAAUAAAUUGUACCCCACUUUGGUCCAAUGGGAGUGCGAGAAAAGUCUCGUGAUUAUCAAGGGGGCUGGAGGUAAGGCAUUCUGCGCCGGGGGUGACGUCAAGUCGAUAGCCCUCGCCGGCAUGAAGGGUGAAAAAUUGGGCCAUGCCUUCUUUAAGCAGGAGUAUAAAACUGACGGCCUUAUUGGUACUUACAAAAUUCCCUACAUUGCGUUUAUUGACGGGAUCGUCAUGGGGGGCGGCGUGGGGCUCUCAGUCCAUGGCCCCUACCGUGUGGCCACUGAACGUUCAGUCUUCGCAAUGCCUGAGACCCAAAUCGGACUCUUCCCCGAUGUUGGAGGCUCCUAUUUUCUCCCCCGACUGAGAGGCAAACUGGGGCUGUUUUUAGCUCUGACGGGGUACCGCCUCAAAGGAGUUGACCUCCUCAAAGCAGGCAUUGCGACCCACUACGUCGAUAGCCAAUGUUUGGAGGCUUUGGAGGGAGAUUUAUUGAAAUGUGAUGAUAGUCGAAGCAUUGACAGUACUUUGAGUAAAUACAGUCGUAAAGACAAUAGUGUAUUCACCCUUGAACCCAUGAUGAAGCAAAUUAAUAGUUGCUUUUCGGCGGGGUCUGUGGAGGAGAUUAUUGGGAGGUUGGAGAAAGACGGAUCGCAGUUUGCUUUGGAAAUGGUCAGUUUGUUGGGGAAAAUGUCACCAACAAGCCUUAAGGUCACGAUGAAACAAUUGGAGUAUGGGAGUAAAAUGACCUUAGAGGAGUGUCUCCAGAUGGAGUACAGAAUCGCUGUCAAUUGUUUGGCCAAUAAGGACUUCUACGAAGGAGUGAGGGCUCUCCUUAUCGACAAAGACCAGAAACCCAAGUGGAAUCCUCCAAAGCUCGCGGAAGUCAGUUCUGCACUAGUCGAAAGCCAUUUUGCAAAACUUCCUGAAGAUCAGGAGUUGCGCAACAAACUGUGAUGUCCUUGUUAUUUGCAAUAAAACAAUUGUUUAUA